GCCCGGAAGUGAAAAAUUAAACUUCCGGUGGCCGAUGUUUCUCAUGUUUUGUUUUUCUUGUCGCUUUAGUUUCAUUUUCCCGUCUGUUUUCCCCUAUUUUAUAAAUAAUCGCCGUCAUGUCUCGGGGGUCUAGCGCAGGUUUUGACCGGCACAUCACCAUCUUCUCCCCGGAGGGAAGACUCUACCAAGUCGAAUAUGCCUUCAAAGCCAUCAACCAGGGAGGACAGACCUCUGUGGCGGUCCGUGGGAAGGACUGCGCUGUGGUGGUCACGCAGAGAAAAGUUCCCGACAAACUGUUGGACGCCACGACCGUCACACACAUGUGUAGAAUCACAGAGAACAUCGGCUGCCUUAUGACCGGCAUGACUGCUGACAGCCGGUCUCAGAUGCAGAGAGCUCGCUACGAGGCAGCGAACUGGAAGUACAAAUACGGCUACGAGGUCCCCAUAGAUAUGCUGUGCAAACGCAUGGCCGACAUCUCCCAAGUCUACACACAGAACGCUGAGAUGAGGCCGCUCGGCUGCUGUAUGAUUGUGGUGGGAGUGGACGAGGAGCUGGGCCCACAGCUGUAUAAAUGCGACCCGGCUGGAUACUACUGUGGCUUUAAGGCCACGGCAGCCGGAGUCAAACAGGCCGAGGCCACUAGUUUUCUAGAGAAGAAACUCAAGAAGAAGCUGGACUGGACCUACGAGCAGACAGUAGAGAUGGCUAUUUCAUGUCUGUCCACCAUUCUGUCCAUUGACUUCAAGCCCUCUGAGCUGGAGGUGGGGGUUGUUACGACACAAGAACCAAGAUUUAAGAUUCUGUCCGAGUCUGAGAUCGAUGCUCACCUGGUGGUUUUAUCUGAAAGAGAGUGAGAAAACCGCCGGAUGAGAAGGAUGAACAGUAAAAAACAAGAAGCAUCCGUCACUCUAAACCUUACCAAGGAUUAUAAACAUCAUGACAAAAUACAAAAAAAAAAAAAAAGACACGGACGUUUUACUGCAGAAGUUGGGAGUAUGUCGACCUUCUGCACYGCCACUAAACACUCUCCAUAUUCCCAGGUCGUAGUCAGAACCACUCAUUCUUUUCACUCUGACUGGAGCCGGCUGCAGAUUGUCAGACAUUAAAAAAAAAAAGGCUGGACAUUCAGAUCAGAGCGCCACGUCACUCGUUCGUGGCUGAUAUGACACGGCUCGCAACUUUCAACGAGCGUUCUGUUAAUGAGUGAGCAGAGCUGAAGCAACAGCUGCAGCUCAGAACCUCUCAGAUAUAAACUUCUGUCUUUACUCAGGUCUGCUACCAGAGCUUUCCCGCUCUCGCUCYCCUCCGUCGAGCUCUGCUCAGGUCUACAAGAAGUCGCUCGUUAUUCCCUUCUCAUGUUUAUCUGCUGCGUCUAUUAAACACGGUGUUUGAAUUUUA